AUGGAGCUCACCUCGGUCAUCUUCCUCUCUCUGGGCUGCUGGCAGCUCUCUGCGGGGCUCGCAUAUCCUGCUGGAAACCUGCCAGGUGGUGGACACCCUCUUUGGCCGUACCAAGCUUCCUUGGGAAUGUCUUGGGAACCCAUGUCUUGGGAGCCUAACGAUGACGUCAGCCAUCAUGUCAUGACUGAUCGAUCUGGAGCUCAGGAUAAGGGCAAGGGGAAAGAACCAAGCUCCCAGAACUCCCAAGAGAGACCUCUGUCUCAAUCGAUGUCGUCCGAAGACAUCUUCGGCUUGGAAAAGCUCAACAUGGAAGAGAUCCGUCAAACGUGUGACGAAUUAAGGGAUUUCUCGCCUUCACGGAUGGGGUCUGGAAAAGGCAAACACCCUGUUGACAGCUUGUCUGAGAUGGAAGCGAAACCCUGCAUUGGGCACUUCCCAAGAUCAGACAAAGAGGCCGUCCAAUCGGUGAUACCUUCACACCUGUCGAAUGUGUGGCAAGGUCACCACAACGAUUCAUCCUCACAACAUCUACAGUGGCUGUAUCACGAUAUUGAGCACCCGCAUCGAUCUGUGGGCAUUCAAAGUGAUGAGUACGGGUGGCACCAUGGUCCAUCCGGGUUUUCGUCCUCGCGGCAAGAUCCAUCGAUACAUCAUCAUGAUCACCAAUCGCUUCAAUUCUUAGGGUCCUCAGAAAGGUUCCAGUGCAGCGAAAAGAGCGAAGGAAAGAAUUUCACAAAAAGGGUUAAAGGCAACCGGGCGAUAUUGGAUAGAUGGGUGACCUUCAAUAACUACUUGUUGCGGACGUGGUUCAAGAACGCCGUGAAGCAAGCACUUGACUUCAACAUCUCGAUCUUCGAGGCCAUAGAAAAAAGCGAAGAAAACAAACUCAAGGAAGCACACCCAUCGUGGGUGGCUUCCGCCGUAGACAAUCCAUUUGGACUCAUCGAGCGGCGUCUCUAUUGUCCAGAGCAGAGAGAAUUUGCAUUCGUGUCUCAAUGGGCAGACAACGAGAGACGCGAAAUUGCUAUGAACAAGCCUAAUCACGAGCUUGACUACACAACACUUGACGAGAGCACGCAAAGGUGGAUCGUGAAGCCCGAAGUAUCGACCGGGUUAGUCGAGGUCACAACAGCGCCCGAUAUUUGGUGGGAUGUUGAAAAGGACGAAGACCCUGUCGAAACAUAUCGGAAGAAGCGGAUAACGGAUUCAGCGAGGCAAAAAACAUAUCGGGAGAAGGGAAAAACGGAUUCAGCGAGGCAAAAGGCCAAGACUAAGACCAAAGCUAAGACCAAGGCCAAAAGUUCCAGACUGCACCAAGAAGGCGGCGCCAACUAA